GGAAGGUAUAUUAUUUGGAUGGUCAUCUCUUCGUUUAGUUCUAUGGAGCUCAGAAAACACUACUACCGCUGCUGCUGCUUCUUCUCUCCCACUGGCACUGCCACUCUUGUCAUGACGAUGAUGACGUGUCUUCUUCUUCUCCUCCUCCUCAAUUCCAACAGUACUGUAAUCGCGGCCUCCUCUUCCUCCGCUGCCACAGGGCAACUGCAUCCGACGGCGGCGGCAGAGGAGGGGGUGUACGACAUAGAUUACAGGGGACCGGAGACGCACUCUGCGGUUUUCCCUCCGCCGGGUCACUCUCAGAUUCAGGGCAGGCCUAAUUUCCUUCACCGCCGCACUACUGGCGUCGCACCGGCCGCCGCUAUCCCGGUCACCAGUCGCCGUCAGCCACCGGAUCAACACAAGUACUGAUCCGCUAUCUCGGAUGUGCUGUGCAGAUCAAAGCAAAGGAGGCGUUUCACUCACCAGAGCAAGAAGCCAACAUGAAUUAAUCAAAAUUUUCUGCCAGUUUCUUCUCUCUUUUCUCCUUCUUUAUUUUUGCCCUUUUGUUAUCGGAUCAUGAUAAUUAUAGUUAUUUUUUUUUUAUGUGAUAUAAAUUAUAGUUCUAGCGAGAGAAGGCAGGUACCGGGAACAGAGGAUGUUGCUUCUGUUCAGACCAGAAAAAAAUACAGAGAGAGAUAGAGCUAUUAGCUAUAUACUAUAGAGCUCAUGAUUCCUGGAAAUUUUGAUUUUGUUUUCGUUUUCAAUAUGUGUAUUGAUGUGAACAAUACCCUUCUGAUAACAAUUAAAUUUGUGUUACUUAGUAUUCUAGUUUAGGUGUAUGUAAGUCGU